ACCCCCCUGAUAUACUUUCCCCUUUUUGUUCAUAUUCUUGCUCAUGUCACAUUUAUCAUAUUUCUCUCCCUAUUUCUCUCCAACUCCAAGCCUUCUUCUUCACACUCCCUUUCUCUUGCUUAUAUUCACACACCCUUCAUUUCUUUUCGCCCAUUGCUUCCUAAACAUUCAUCUAUAAAACCAAAUAUCAUAAACACAUUCUACACAAUAUUCUCUCAUCAGGGUUUCCUAGAUACAUUCUCACCCUUUCCUAAACAUUCCUUUGAUAAAAAAAUGAGUAAAGAAGAGAUUUUGAAGAUACAGAAAUGUGUUCUCAAAGUGAACAUGCACUGUGACGGUUGCAAGAAGAAAGUUAAGAAAACCUUGCAGAAGAUUGAUGGGGUUUAUACUAUUGAGAUAGAUAUUGAACAAGGAAAGGUGAUUGUUGCUGGGAAUAUAGACCCAGAUGUUCUCAUCAAGAAGCUUGCAAAAUCAAAGAAACAUGCAGAACUUUGGUGUGCUCCAACGGAGAACAACAACAAUAACAACCAUAACAACAUGGCAAACCAGAUGAAGAACAUUCAAAUUGACACUGGAAAAGGUGGUGGAGAAAACAAUAACAACAAUGGGCAAAAGGAUCCUAUAAAUAACCAAAACCAACCAAAGGGAGGUGGACAACAAGAGCAGAAUCCUCAACAACAGCUUCAACAACUUCAGCAGAUGAAAGGACUUGAAGAUCUUAAGGGGACUCAAUUCAAGGACAUGAACAUGAUGAUGCCACCACCAAAUCAAAAUCCAAAUAUGAAAGGUGUUAAGGUCAAUUUGCCUAAAGAGGAUGAUGCUUUUACUGAUGAUGAGUUUGAUGAUGAUGAUGAUUAUUCUGAUGAGGAGUUUGAUUAUGAAAUAGAGAAUACUUUGAAUAAAAUGAAACUAUCUAUGGGGAGUAAUGGUCCUGCUCACAUGAUGAUGAAUGCUCAAAAGAUCAGUGCAGGAAAUGGUGGAGGCAUUGAAAUAAAAGGUGGUGGCGGAAGUGUUGGAGGACCUAUGCCUGUUCAAGUUCAUUCCUUGGCUGGUGGAAAUGGGAAUGGAGGAAAGAAAGGUGGUGGUGGCGAAGGUGGAAAUAAUCAGAUUCAGAAUCAAGGUGGAAUGCCAGAAGGUAAAAAUGGAAAUAAGAAUGUUGGUGGUGGAGGAGGUGGGAUUCCAAAUAACAAUGUGGGUAAAAAGGUAAAUGGAAUGGGAGAAAGUGGUGUUCAAGGUAUGAUAAAUAAUGGACUUCCAAACAUGGGUGGUGGUCAUCCUAAUGCAUGCCACAUUGAUGGUAAUAUGAGUGGUAUGGUAAUGGGAGGAGGAGCAAUGGAAAACAACUUGCCAAUGAUGGGCCAAAUGGGAGGUAACAUGCCAGCUGUUUCAGGCAUACCGGAAGUUGCAAUUAACGACAAUGGAGGAAGAGGCGGCGGUGUUGGUGGUGGAUAUGGUGGUCCUGAAGUGAUGAUGGGUGGAAACCCAUACCACCAACAACACCAACACAUGGCUGCAAUGAUGAAUCAACAAAGGGCAAUACCAGCUGGUGGAUAUGAUAUAUUGCAACCAAUGAUGCAUGCAAGACCACCAAUGGCUGUUAAUUACAUGUAUCCUCCACCUUAUAGCUACCCUCCUCCACCACAAUAUCCUCAUGAUCAAUACUCCAACUAUUUCAAUGAUGAAAAUACUUCAAACUGCACUGUUAUGUGAAAAUGCUGGAUAGAGAAGAAAAGAAAAGAAGAAAUGAGAACAUCCAAGUUUGUAAAAAGUUUUUUAAAAAAAAAACCUGAACUUUAAACUACUAUAGGGGUUUAUAGAUUUUAUUAUUAUAUAAUAUAUUUUAUGAUUAUCUUGGGAAAAAUUAUGAGAUGUAAUGGGAUAUGGUAAUCCAUAUGAGAUGCCUUUAAAUAUGUGUUUAUUAGUUACAAAAAUAUCAAUAAUAAGAAAAA